AUGGCUUGUAGUACAAUGACGUUAAAAGCAUUCCUUUUUUCUUUCAUUCUCAUGUGCUUGUGGAAAUCCAGCUUUGAGCAAGAAAUCUUUAACCCAUUGGCUUACGAGGCGGAAGGAGACGGUGUGACGGACGAUAGUCAGGCGUUAGUAGACGCAUGGGACUCAGCGUGCGAGCACCAUGCGCCGGCGAUCUUCCUCAUCCCGGAGAACACCACCUUCUUGUCCGGUCCGGCGAGCUUCGAAGGCCCCUGCCGCGUCACUCCGACGGUCCAAAUCCGCGGCACGUUGAAGGCCAUCGAUUCCCUCAGCGCCUUCCACGACCCCGGCUGGAUUGAGUUCAAGCACCUCGACGACCUCCACAUUGACGGCGGCGGCACCUUCGACGGCCAGGGUUCCCGCUCUUGGUCCCACGCCUGCUCGUACUGCAAAAAACUCCCCAUGUCACUGAGGCUUCUGAAGGUGAGCAAUACGACGGUGAGCAACUUGACGUUCGUCGACAGCAAAGGGUUCCAUAUCAGCGUCCAGAUGAGCUCCUCCAUCAACGUAAACCGCCUCAACAUAACCGCCCCCGGCAACAGCCCCAACACCGACGGCAUCCACAUAAGCGAGUCCAACGACGUCAAGAUCUCCGACCUCCACAUCAGCACCGGCGACGACUGCAUAUCGAUCGGUCAAGGCGCCACCGACGUCCACAUAGAGAAUAUCAUCUGUGGCCCCGGCCAUGGAAUUAGUAUCGGAAGUCUUGGGAAGUACGAAAACGAAUCGGAUGUUUCCGGUGUGCACGUGCGCAAUUGCUCCAUUUCCGACACGACAAACGGCGUCAGGAUCAAGACUUGGCCGGGCUCCCCUCCCAGCCAAGCAUUCAACUUCACGUUCCAGGACAUCGUCAUGGACAACGUCUCCAACCCCAUCAUCAUCGACCAACAAUACUGUCCGGAUGCCAAAUGCGUUGCUCCUCCAUCUCAAGUGAAGAUCAGCAACGUGACGUACAACAGAAUAAGGGGGACUUCGAACGAGCAGGUGGCAGUGUCGCUACUUUGCAGCCAAAGCGUGCCUUGUGAGAACGUGAUUCUGCAGGACAUCAACCUGACCAUGGCAAGCAAUAUCACGUCCAAUGCCACCUUGUCAACUUGCUCCAAUGUUGUUAAUGGUUCUGCAGUAGGAACUCAGACUCCUGAUCCCUGUCUUACAAAGGUCUAG